GUUCAUUUUAAUUAUAUUUUUAUUUGAUCACAAAAUCAUUAAUUUACAAUAUCUAAGUGUAUUACAAAUAUUUGUAAAAAUUGCUUCAAUUUAUUAAAAGCGUUAAUAAUAUGUCGAAGACAUUGACAACUCGGAGGAAUAAAUCAUCCAUAUUCAAGACACGAAGUAUGGUUGAGGAACAUCUGGUCGCUAAGGAUGAGAACGGAUAUAGUUUGGAUCACAUGUUAGUCUCCGAUACGAGUCGUUCCCUAAUUAAAGAACUGGAAGAAGAGAUCGAAAGCAACAAACGUGUGAUGAAAGCAAAACAAUUACAGAAGAAUUACAGAAGUAAUAGCAAAAGGAUCACAAGUAUGUCAAGUGAAGACAUCGAGAGUAUAAUGAGAUCUCAUAUUAAUAAAAAGGAUGUUUUGCAAGAGAAACAUAAAGAAAGAGUGAAUAGAGAACUAAUCGUUUACAAUGAUCUCCACUUCUUUCAGUAAUACACAGGCGCUC